GCUGGUUCUUAUGAUAAUGAAGCUAUCGCCAUUACUUUAUUAAUGGCUACCUUUUAUUUCUGGAUCAAAUCAAUGAAAUCAGGUAGUGUUUUCUACGGUACAUUGACUGCCCUUUUCUAUUUCUAUAUGGUUUCUGCUUGGGGUGGUUAUGUUUUCAUUACUAAUUUGAUUCCUUUACAUAUUUUUGUUUUAAUUUUAAUGGGUCGUUAUAAUCACAGACAUUAUACUGCCUAUACCACUUGGUAUGCUUUGGGUACCUUGGCCUCAAUGCAAAUUCCAUUUGUUGGGUUCUUACCAAUUAGAUCAAAUGAUCAUAUGGCUGCAUUUGGUGUUUUUGGAUUAUUACAAUUAGUUGCCUUUGGUGAUUAUGUUAAAUCUAAAAUUCCAUCUCAACAAUUUAAAACAUUUUUAGUUGUUUCUUUAUCCUUGGUUACCUUAUUAGGUAUUGGUUCAUUAUUUGCCUUAACUGCAUUAGGGUGGAUUGCUCCUUGGACUGGUCGUUUCUAUUCUUUAUGGGACACCAACUAUGCUAAAAUUCACAUUCCAAUCAUUGCUUCAGUUUCUGAACAUCAGCCAACUGCUUGGCCAGCUUUCUUUUUCGAUACUAAUAUGUUAAUCUGGUUAUUCCCAGCUGGUCUUUAUUUGGUUUUCCAAGAAUUGAAAGAUGAACAUGUAUUUGUCAUUAUUUAUGGUAUUUUAUGUUCUUACUUUGCUGGUGUUAUGGUUAGAUUAAUGUUAACUUUAACCCCAAUCAUUUGUGUUUCUGCAGCUAUUGCUUUAUCUAAAUUAUUUGAUGUCUACUUAAACAUUGUUGAUCUUUUCCAAGAUGAUUCUUCUGAAUCUUCUUCUGAUGAAAAAUCGUCCAAACCAAAAAAAGCCAACAAAAUCCCAAUUUUCCAAAUUGCUUCGAAGUUAAUUGUUUUAUUAUCAUUUGCUUUCUACCUUUUCUACUUUGUUUUACAUUGUACAUGGGUCACUUCUAAUGCUUAUUCAUCACCAUCGGUUGUUUUAGCUUCGAGAGGCCCAGAUGGAUCCCAAAAUAUCAUUGAUGAUUAUAGAGAAGCCUACUAUUGGUUAAGAAUGAACACUCCAGAAGAUACCAAAGUUAUGGCUUGGUGGGAUUAUGGAUAUCAAAUUGGUGGUAUGGCAGAUCGUACUACUUUAGUUGAUAACAAUACUUGGAAUAAUACUCACAUUGCCACCGUCGGUAAAGCAAUGUGUUCCAACGAAGAAGUCUCUUACAAGAUUUUGAGACAACACGAUGUUGAUUAUGUCUUGGUUAUCUUUGGUGGUUUAAUUGGUUAUUCCGGAGAUGAUAUCAACAAAUUCUUAUGGAUGGUGAGAAUUUCUGAAGGUAUUUGGCCGGAUGAAAUUCACGAACGUGAUUUCUUCACUGAAAGAGGUGAAUACAAAAUGGAUAAAGACGUAUCCAAAACCAUGAAAGAAUCUUUAAUGUAUAAGAUGUCUUAUUAUAGAUUUACUGAAUUAUACGGUGGAAGAGACGGUGUUGAUCGUGUGAGAAACCAAAACAUCCCGGCUGACAUGGCUCCUGAAUUGAAUGUCAUCGAAGAAGCAUUCACUUCUCAAAACUGGAUUGUCAGAAUUUAUAAAGUCAAAGAUUUGGAUAAUGUAGGAAGAGACUUACAUGACGCCAGUGCUUUUGAUAAAUCUGCAGGCGAACAACAAUCCAAAAGAAAGAGAAUUAUCAAGAAACCAAACUUAGACUUGAGGGUUUAACCUACUGUUCCAUAAAUGUGUAUAAAAUAACGUUAAUAAAUAAGUUAAAAAAAAAAAAAAAAAUUCAAAGACUCGAGGUUAUAUUGUAUACAAAUUUAAAUUUGGUUGCAACAAUAGUUUCAACGGUUUUCUAUUGUCUUGACCUGUAGCCGAGGAAGAAUGACAGGGUGCUCUUCACAUUUUGAAGCUCUUUCCCUCACGCCAAAACACCCCAGUCAAAACCCUUCCGUAGCGACCCAUAGCCCUAGGCUCCCCUUUAUUCUCCGAAACAAUCCAAAAUAUAACCUUAUUGAUUUGUUAUCUCGAAACAAUUGGAAACAAUAAGUGAAAAAAAUGACAGGACUGCGCUCGGAACAAAAGAGUUUACUGUCAC